UAGGCAGUGCAAAAUGCUUUGCACUCAAUACUUUCUACCACAGGUUGUGAUCCAGGGGCAUCUCAAUUUUUCCUUAGCUAGCUUAAGAAAUCUUAAUGGAGCCUGAGUUUACAGGUGGGUACCUGGAUACUCCACAGCACAUAUAAAGUGUAGGUUCUUAUCUGAUUUUUAUUACAAGGUUUUGACACUGUUUCUUAUGGUUUUCAAUUAAAUUUGAACAGCAUUUUGAAAGCAAAAAGUAUACCAGCAUUUAUGUUACAGAUAGACAUAAAGACAUGGUUGUAUAAAACUCAGUUCAAAGCUGUGAAAAUAUGUAGGAGGAAGAACAUACACAUACUCUGCAUCUGCAUUGCAAAAGUUUGAAUAAGACCAAUCCCACCCCUGAAGCCUAGUUUCAGCAUUAUAAAAAUAAUUAUAAGCCAAGUAUGUACAAACUUCUAGGGCUAGAGUUGAAUUUAGCAUCCAAAAGUGCAGAUACUUAUUAAAAAAAAAACCCUUUCUUUCUUUGCCCCGAACAAAGCCAUUCUUCUGGAAGGUGACAACAGGUUGGGAGAGUUUCAAUUGAGAAGAAGCAAUGGAAUAUUUAGCCUGAGAAGCUAAAUGACUGUAGGAAUCCUUUUAGGGGAUUUAAAAAAAAAAAGGCAAUAGGACAGAAUAGCUGCCUGGCAUUUUCUGUGGAAGAAAGGAGGGAAAACAGGAGAGUGGGAAUCAUAUGCCUGAGUGUCCUUUGACAAAAGGAGUGAGAAGAGCAAAUGGGCAGACAAAAUGAUCAGAAAAGGGAAUCAGAAUGGUUACAAGGAAGGCCGGACACUAAGCAUGUAAUGGAAACUCAGCUUCAACAGCUGAGUGGGCAAGUUGGGUAGCAGAGGGAGGCAAAGUCAGCCAAUGAGGCAUUAGAGCAGAGUGCAAGCCUGUUGCAGGAACAGGAACUACCAAAAAACAAAGGAGACAGGUAGUUUGAGGUGGACCUGGGUGGGAGGUGCUGCUAGGGUCAGGAGAAGAAUAGUUUGCAAGGUGGGGGUGGAGCCAUGCUCAUCUGUCUCCAAGCAAAUCCUACAUUAUUUGAUUUACAUAGAUGCCAGGAGUUCCAUUUGCUAACCUUGCCAUUCAGCCCCUCCUAGUGGAGAUCCAGACCAUUAACCUAAAUUAGAUCAGGUACUAUUGAAUAUGUUGACAAAAAAGGUCCUGACUAUAUAGGCUGCAAAUAUUUGUUCUGAGCUCCUGUGCAGUUCUAAAUAACUCACCCCCCUCCCUUUGACUCAUCUAGAGACAAAUUACUUAGCCAAUGUUGUCGAUACUAUUCUUUCACAUUCGCUAGAGCACAUCCCACUAUAAAGCUCUUUAAAAAUUUAAACUGAUACACAAUCCGUGUAAAGGGAUCAACUUCAGCCACAAGUUAUUGAGCUGAUUAGCAUUCAUUUAUGUAUAACGGAAUAAUUCUGUUCACCUGAGGAAUCAGAGAAGAGUUCUGUGGCCAGUUAUACAUUUUUUCAGUACUGAGUUGGAGCAAAGAGUACUGUCUUCUGAAUCACUUGUUUUCUUGAGAGAUUUCCUGCCCAAGUGCAGACCUGGCCCAACCUGCUUAGAAUGUGAAAACUGAUGGUAUCUCAACAAGAGGCUGAAUGACUGCAGGUCUGAAUCCAUUCCUUCCUCCUGAAAACAAACCAAUCCUUUCCUUAAGGACAUAAUCACAGAUCCAUCAUCUCUCUGUCAAAGUAGUGACAUAAACAUACUUCUUAAGGAAUAAAGAAUUAGAACAUAAAUCUAAAACAUGUGAAUUCUAUAUCGCUGAAGACUUUGAAUGCAUGUUAGCUUACUUGACUUAGUAACCCAGUUACUCAGAAAACUGUCUCAGUUUGUUCCCUCAUUGUGCAUAUGCUGCUCUGAAUCUCCUAUAUUUUAAGAUAAACUGUGAUUUUCAGACUUCGCUAUUUGGAAAUAUCUUGCAACAAGUUAAUCAAAUAAGGGGUUCCUUUUGAAAAAUGUGUGCUGCACUUUUGUUUGAAAACAUUAACAUUAAUAUAUGGCCCAGUUUACCAGUUCAGCCAAAUUCUGUCUCAGGCCAAACUGGAAGAGGGCAACAUGUCCAAGAUAUGUUAGUAGUGAAGUCCUAAAUAAUACCUGCUCAUCUUUGUGUCUUUGAGUUAUAAUGUACCUGUUGAGGAAGUUGGAGUAUUUUUAACCUAUUUAAAGAAAGCAAAUUAAUUAAACUCUCCUAUCACAUCUGUUUCACAGAAGUGAGAUUUAAGUGAUUGCCAGGAACAGCUGUUGACUUUCUGGGUCUUAGUUCUUUUUUGAUUUUUUUACCUUGUUCUUCCUUUUAAUUUUUGUGUACUUGUAAAACUGUAAUGCAAGCUAAGCUACCAGUUUGAGUUGCAUAAACCUGUAGGCUACUCAGCGAUACUUCUUUGAUGUGUGGAAAUGCAAUCCUAGAAACCUCUAAAAAGUAAGUCCUCACACACACCACCAGGUCAGAAGACAGGAACAUUUAUUUGAAAAUCCUCUAAGAUAAAAGGAAUCAAAACUCAUGGCAGAGGUGAUAUCUUUUAUUAAACCAACUAGAUAUUUGCAAAAAAAAUUCUUUAUUUGCAAGCUUUCAGGCACAGGCACCCUUCAUUGGCAUAGGAGAUUGUAAAGAUUGUAAAAGUUCUCCUAGGUAGAAAUGAAAAUUCAUAUUUCACAGGAGAGCAAAAGGUAUGGUAAAGUUUCCUUUGUGGAACAGUUCGUUUUGUGCAGAUUAGGCUCAGAGAAAAGUUGGAAAAAUCUUUUACCUGGAUACCUGUCUCUAAUCUGUUUCCUACAUCCUUAAGAAGAAAAAAAAAUCAAGCUUAACAAUCCACAAUAAUAUAUGCGAAUAACUUGCGUUUAUGCAAGUAUUUCUCAAUGCUGCUUCUGUGUUAAAACAGGCCUACAGUGCCUUUUUCAUGUGGAAAUCUCUGUAGUUGGGUGUGGUGGGGAAGCCGUUUCUGUGACUCAUACUGCAGGGAAUUCCCUAAUGAAUUAGAAUAUUUUUACUUCUGGACUUGAGCACAGUUUCCUUUAACUCUGCCGUGAGCAUUUGAUAAGAGUGAACUACAAAGACCCAUUCACCGUUAAGCUGUUCUGUUUUAGAAAUGUGUUUUUAUAUUUUGAAAAGUUCAAAAUCCACCCAUACUGAUGAAAUAGGUGUGUGCUUUUUUCAUCCUUACUAACUCCAGGUGUUUAACAUUUUGGACUGAAAAAAUGAUAAAGCAGAACCUGACAAAUUGCACUCAGAAUAAAAAAUGCUGUGAAUAAGGGGACAUCCCAGUUAUCAAUCUUUAAAUGUCAGACUUCCUGACAAAAUCCUGUCUCUGUUGAAAACAACACUGAUCAUCACCUGUCACUGAAAACAAACACAACACUGAGUAUAGGCAGACCUCUCCCUUAUAACAUCCCAGGGUGAAAUCCUGGCCCCACUGGAAUCAGUGGCAAACCUCACACUGAUUUCAAUAGAGCAAGGAUUUCAACCCCAGUGAUUUCAAUGGGAUUCUCCCCUUAUGUUCUAUAUUGAAGCAACAGAAGCAAAACAGAAUCAAAACAAAAUAAAAAAUAAAAACCUGAUGUACUUCUUCCCUAAUUAGAAAGAAAAGCAAAAUGUCAGCUUCAGAGAGGGGUGCAACAUAAAUCUGUUUUUUCAAUAUACCAGAAGAAAAUGUUAGUAAACACUCUGACUGAUGUCAAGCACUUGAUCUGGAGAGGGGAUUUAUUAUUAUUAUUAUUAUUUUGUAAAAGCAAAUAAAAAAAAUCAACUAUCCCUUGGGAAUGUUUUCUUUCCCUUCCUCCCUCCCUCUCUCUCCCUUUCUCCUUUCCUCUCUCUCUCUCUCUCUCUCUCACUCAUAUAACAACUGCCCAUUUGGGUACGGUAAUUUCAGAGAGUAAACUUUAACGGGAAUGCCUAAAAUGUGUCUGCUUCAGCUUUGUGUUAUGUCUGUAAUUUGAAUUAUUUGCAUUUUGGAAAGGUAUAAAUUGCUCUGGUGUACUUUUGUUGGCUCUUUGCCAGGCAGGGAGUUGCCUUGGGCUCUGAGUCAACCAGGCUAAUGCAGAUGUGGCAGACUUACAAUGGAAACUUUUGUGGUUUAUCGGCCCUCACUCCUCAGGCACAUUCUGACAAGGGAUGGUGUCCCGCAUACUUGGUAGGAUUCUGGGCAUAUGUGGCACGAGAAGAAAAAUACUUUUCUCCAACGUAGGCAGAUUUUCUCAAUGCUUUGAGCCCCCACAAAUUGUUCCAUUCCCUUUUUUUUUUAGUUUUUUUUUUUUUUUAAUUUCAGCUGAACUAUAUAAACCUGCAAAACAUGUUUACUGUAAGAGGUUGACGUAGUGGUCUAAGGUUUCCCUCCUGGAGUUGGUCCCAGUCCGUGGGCGUUGAGAUUUCCCUCUUGGUUCACCAGACGUAAUAUGAGGAAUUGUCUACUUUUUUUUUUGUCUCUGCUUCGUAACAACUUCUCCUCCUUAUGUUUUUGUUAAAUGAAAUGUCACUAACUGUUAAUGAGUCGUCUGUUCCCUUCCCCCCCUCAUUUAAGCAGCAAUGGUCUGGACAUUCUCAAGAGGCUUUCUUACUGGAGCAAAAACUAUUGCUCAUAUUAGCUUCUAGUUGAUACCCAAAGACUAAACACAGCUCUGGAUUAUUUUUUUCAUAAUAGUUUAGAUUAGAACAUUUAAAAAGUUUCUGAUCAAACUCACUCUUUGUCAUCAUAAAAAUGUCAAAAGCUCAUAAAGGUAAGAGCUGCCUAAGGUAAUUGAAAGAUUAGCUUAUAGAUAAAAUCACUUAUAUUUUCUAAAAAUAUUGGCAGGUAAUUCUGAAUCAGGUCAUUCAUCUUGCAAGGUGGAAAUUAAACAUAAACCCCCCCCCUGAAGUUCUGGUAAUCCAUUUACAAAGGCAAAUUGAACACAUACUAACUACUGGUCUGGAAUUCUCUAGGUAAAAAACAUCUCUAAUGCAGAAGUUCCUGAGCAGACUAUAACUUUGAAAAAUGUGUAGUGCUUUGAAAUUUGUGAUAGCUUCAGGAUCAAGCUUACUUGGACUUUAGUUUCACAUUAUUUCUUUUCUUUUUUUGAGAAAAGAAGAGUCCCAGCUGGUGGGAUUGUGGUCAGAAUUUUUUAUGAACAAUUUUGGAAAAGUAUCUGGUGGAUGAAUUGUGAAGUGAUCUUCAGGACUCUCGAGCAGUCAGCUUUAAUUCUGGCAAUUCUAAAAGACACUGUUGGAGAGAUUUUGAAUACUAGUGCGACUGACUCUUCUCCCUCCCUACUCCUGCAAUACCUAUUGCAGAGAUUCUUUUUCUAGUUUAUUUUUACUUGGUAGUAUGAUUUAAAACAUAGAAAGAAAUGAAGGGUGUACAUUAAUUAUUUCUUACAGAGAAGAAUGCCAAAUUAGUUAUGGUAGAAGAGUUUUGAUAUUCACAUUGUUUGUCUUUCUCUUGGUUAAAAAGAAAUGAUUUUAGACUUAAAAAUGAUCACCAAAACCUAGUUCCACACCAGCAUUCCUUUCACAGCAGGACUGCUGUACACAAAAAUAUUAUUUACAGGCAUUUCUAAUAAAUCAGACAGUUCUAAAUGUGUCACCUCCAUCCUGGCCAUGAAAGUGAAGAGAGAAGAAAAAGUGUAUUCACUGGUACCUUGCACAGAGGCUUUUUUUUUUAAAUAUGCAAACAUCUCUGUGGUAAAGUUCAAAAUAACUAAUAUUUGCAUUUGUAUAUCCCAAUGCUACAAUAAAUAUACAAAAGAGAUGACAUCAAGUUUAAUUUUCCCAUUCACUCCAAUGACGUCUGAGGAUGGCGGGACUCCUUAAACCGCAAGUGUCCCUGCUGCGAAACUCAGACAGCUAUGCGCCUGUGGCUACUUAUACAUGUUUUAGCUUCUCUAAGCUCACAAUAUGAAAACCUUACAUUUUAUCUUUUUUUUUCAUUUCCCUGCUGCUGAGUUUUGAAACCCUGGGGGAGAAAGAACCUUCAUUGGCCAUUUGUUUCAUUGUCAGUGGCAUUUGUCAAUCCAUUUAUUUCUCAAAAGAAAACCCCAGAAACUCAUGGUGUAAAAUUAAUUUCAUUUGAACAUGCUGAAUUAAGAGAACGGGAGCAGUUGCAGCUCCAUCGUUCUAUGGUAUGGACCGCAGACAUACUAGAGCUAGGUCCUUAGUUGCCACUGUCUUCAUUGUGGUGAUGUAACCCACAAAACUGCUUUUCCCUUUUGAUCCAGUCAGCAGAAAUAUAAUCAACUCAUUUAAGCUGCACAUUUCAAGAUGGAACAUUUACAUUCCAGGACAAAUAUAAUUUGAGAUCUUUCCUAACUAACACUGCUCCUUUUUAAUAUUUCUAUUUAGCUCUCAUUGUAUUUAUUAUAGAUUAAAAGAACUCAAAACACUUUACACAAGAAGGUAAAUAGCAAUACCUCCCUUUUAAUGGUAGGAAAACAAAGGCACAGAAUGGUGAUAUGGUAUCCCUAAGCUAGUACUGGAUUGUUUUCAAUCGAAAUCUGUUUACUAUUUUCCCAGUGCCUUCUCCACUGACCCAUGUUCCCUUCCUUAUAAACAAAUUAAAUGAGAUUGCCUGGCUUCCAGCAAGUUAUUUAUAUGAUUUCUUGCUUGGGCAGAGCAUGAACAACUCAACCACAGAGCUAUCUUCUAUGUUUUCUUCCUGCCACUAUCCAAAGAGACUUUUGUAACUUCUUUCCAACACUGGGCACAGGUUUGAAGAAGGGAAAAUUAAAGGAGAGAACUAGAUAUUUUUUUUUCUCCUAGAUGGUCACCAUGUGUGGGAAAUGGAAGCCAAAACUGACAAAGAAAUGUGUAAGCCAAAUUCAUUGGUUGUGGAGAUCCCACCUUUCCGAAAUCAGAGGAUAACCAGUCCUGUUCAGGUCAAUUUCUAUGUCUGCAAUGGAAAGCGAAAGAGAAGCCAGUACCAGCUUUUCACCUAUCUUCCUGCUAAUGUUCCAAUUAUAAAAACAGAACCCACUGAUGACUAUGAACCUGCUCAAACCUGUGGACCAAUGAACCAAGGAUUAAACCCUCUCUCUAAACCAUACUACAGCCAACAGAUCAUGAUGCCUCCUGAUCCUGGUUCGUGCCUUGUGGCUGGCUUCACUUCCUGUCAGCAGAGAAACACUGUGAUGUCAUCCUCUCCCAACUCAAGCCCCAAGCUGCAUGACCUUUCAUCUUCUGCUUACAAGUGCAUCACCACCCCAGGUCACGGUCACCUAGGACUUCAGCAGCCCGCUGGAGGUGUCCCCACCAUACAGGAAGUGCCAAGGCCUAUAGUUGUGCACCCAAGCUCUCCAGAUCAGUCAUCUCACAUCAUGCUGCAGCCGCAGGUGAGUCAACAUCUGAGCAGUAGCUGUUCCCUUGGUUACCAACAAACACUCUAUCCCAACAGUCCCUCUUCUCCAGUUCCGUCUGUUACCCAAGAGCCAACCUAUUUGCAGUCCUGCAGUCCAACUCACUCAUCCAUAAUGGGUCAGCAGCAGCACCAACUGCCGAAGGUUCAAAGAAAUGAAUCUCCAACAAACCAACCACUGUCAUUGCCAGAGUUGCAUGAGGACAGUAAUCAUAAUUUGGCCCCUAUUCCUGUAACCAUCAAGAGAGAACCUGAGGAAUUGGACCAGAUGUACCUGGAUGAUGUAAAUGAAAUUAUAAGGAAUGACCUUUCCAGCACCAAUGUCCAUUCAUAGCUUGCAAUAUUGGACUAGUUUGCAAUCCACACACUUUUAGGUCAGCUGAUAUAUCAGCUACAGCACAGUUACUAAAUAAACUGAAGAUAUUACCUGGUACCACUCUGAUCUUCCACCUUACUGAAUGUUAGGAACUGAAGAUUUACCUCUUGCUUACAAAGAUGUAGCUCUUCGACCUCAACUGAUGAAAUAUCUUCUUUAAAGAAAAUCAUCUCAAGAGGAAAAAAAAGGGAGGGAAUAAACUGUUAAGAUGGCGCAUUUUUCUGGGAUAAAACUAGGAAACCCAGAACUGAUCCUUUUGGCACCACUGGAAUACAACCCUGGAAGUGCCUUAUUUUACCAGAUUGUGGCAUCAGGGCAUUUUUUAAUAGGCUUUGAGUUUGCUACCAUAAAAGGUAUUGGUAGGUGCAUAACCUAUAAAGCUUGCAAUUCUGGAAAUGGAUGUUUUAAAAAUCAAAGGACUGCCUAUUGAAGGAGAAAGACACCCCUACUGAGAGUAAAAUACCUUUGUGAAUUCCAGAAUUUCUUCAGCUUUUUCUCUGCUGUAAUAUACAGCCUGUUGCCUUAUUCUCAGUGCAUUUCAAGAGCCUCCCAAUUUGUCAUCUCAGCUCUUUCUUUUUUCAUACUGUCUAUAUUAUGUGCUAAUGAAUCAUAGGAUUGUUAGUAGUAGCAUGUUAAGAUUUUUAUUUUAAUCAGGCUUCAGUCAUAGCACAAGUAAGUUGAGUAGCACAAAGUAAUAAGGUUGAUGGACAAAAAAUGAAAUCUAUCUAUUACAUGAUAGAUGUAUGUGUAUGCAUGUACAUACAUACUAGUAUAUAUGCAUAUAUUUAUAUAUGACAAAUAAUAUAGAUGAUUGCCUGCUGAGGGCACUGAAUUUAGCAAUAAUUUCCAUUACUGAGAAUGCAUUUCAGAUCCAAGACAAAUGUUUCAGCUACUUCAGUUGAGGGUCUGUUGCACCUAUGACAGGUAUGCAUUGUCUUUCCUCAUGCAGUUAAGCAAGCACUUUAGAUAGUCAAAAAGGAUGCAUACAAAAUACAUAUUAUUUACCAAAUGGAAAAAUAUGAACUAAUGUAAUUGUAAAUACUAGUACGAAAGAGUUUAAAAUAUUUGUUCAGUUAUAAGUUUAUUAUUCCGCAGAAGCCUUAUAACUCUCUGCUACAUGUACAAAAAAAAUAUUACCAAAAAAACAAAAGUUUCAUAUGCAGCGCUGUAUAGUAUGUUUUCUGAUUAGCUAACGUUCACAGAGCACAGAUAGGCAUGUAGUGUAGCCUUUAACAUUGUAUUUUGUAAAAUCAACAGCUUAUUAUAUAACUAGCAACAUCCUAUUAUUUCAUAUAACCCCCCCCCCCAAAAAGCAUGGUUUAAUUUAAAACUGUUUAACAUUAAUAUUGUGCCUUAGGAAUCAAUGCCCCCUUCUGGAAAUAUGCCUAAACUACACCUCCAUACUGAGGUGGCAACUAUUUAGCCUCAAGGUAAUGAGAAUUGAACAUGUUUCACAGGAAGUGAAAAACUCCUAAACAUAUUAAAAUAUUCUGUACAAUUAUGUCUUACUUUCUUUUCUUACACAAAAUAAAAGCCAUAUUUGUCACAUUUGCACAUUACUGUGAAGACAUCAGAAUAUAAUAUGGCGCUAUGUACAUAUUAUGCUGUUAUUGGUCCUAAUAGUAAUCUGUUAUUCCUCACCUGUUUAAUCCAAGUUAUUCACCCUGUAUUAGAAUUGUAGAAGUUGCAUGAAAAAAUUCAUAUAGACUGCCAUAUAAAAAAUAAAAAGUUUGACAGAUGUCAGCUUAAUGUGUAGCUAGAAAUUAGAUCCAAUAAAGCAAAAUGUUUUGCUGGAAGCUAGUCUUAGAGUGGUUCAUUUUAUGUUAUCUUGACAAAUCUUCCUCUCUCAUAUAAAAUAAGCAUUUUCUCAUUACAUACAUACAUACAUACAUACACACGUUUAUAUGUAUGUAUCUCACAAGUGCUUCUAUUUGAAGCUGUUUCCAUCCUGUUUCAUCCUGCUAAUAUAAUCAUCUUAAUAUGGAAGUAAACAUUUCUUCUCAACAGAAUCACUCCUCUUUUCCUUCCCCCCCCCCUCCCUUCACAUUUAAAAAACAUUGCUGCCAAGGAGUGAAACUGAUAUAUGCUAUAAUCUCUGCUUGUGUUCUGUCUACUUCAGAAAUGUCAAGAAAGCAUGAGUGGAGGAGCCUCUGGAUAUGCCAAAGCAUUUUUUAUUCAUUUAGAGAAAUAUCCUGGGUGAGGCUUUGACCACACACAUAUACACACACAGCACAGUGUUUGCAUUUCAGCAAUAAUUUGAGCAAAAUAAUCAACUGUAUAUUUUAGAUAUGUUGCACCAACUCUGUCAGUUUUCUUUAAGCUAUUUUAAAAACAAAAUUUGUUACUUUUAAGCCUGACUAAUGGAAGAUUAUGCAUAUCUUGUAUAUGUAUUCAUAAAAUAAAAAAGGAAAGCAUAA